AUGCGAGAGGCCGCAUUCAGGACGGUAACUCAUCAACAGGCCACUCAGCUCCUUCACAACAAAUUUGUGGUCGUGCUGGGAGAUUCAAUUCAGCGUUCUGUGUACAAAGACUUGGUGUUGUUUUUGCAGAGAGAUUCAUAUCUGACACAAUGCCAGUUAAAAAGCAAGGGAGAAUUAUUCUUCGAACAGGAUUGUCUUGUAGAAGGAGGAAGAUUAGGGCACAUGACAAAUGGUACAGAAUACAGAGAAGUUCGUCAGUAUCGCACAGACCAUCACCUGGUCCGGUUCUACUUCAUCACACGGAUCUUCUCUAAGUACAUGGAGAGCAUUCUUGCUGACUUUGAAAAUGAUGCAAAACCGGAUGUGGUCAUAGUCAACUCCUGCGUAUGGGAUGUAUCUAGAUAUAAUCGGAAGUGGGUUUCGGAGUACCGGGAGAAAUUGCAUAAGUUCUUUGCCAAGCUGAAGGCAGUUUUGCCUAAGGAAUGCCUUGUGGUAUGGAACAUGACCAUGCCUCUGGGCCAGAAGAUCGUUGGAGGCUUUCUGGUGCCUGAAAUUGAGCACAUGGGCCCGACUCUGCGCUAUGAUGUCAUUGAGGCGAACUUCUACGGUGCAACGUUGGCAGAUGCUUAUGGCUUCAACGUUCUAGAUUUGCACUUCCUGUUCCGAUUUAGUCUCCAUCACCGCAUGAGGGAUGGCGUUCACUGGAAUGCUAUAGUUCAUCGGCAAAUAACAUUCCUGCUGCUGGCUCAUGCUGCUCAGGCAUGGGGUGUCAUGCUGUCCAGUCCUACAGCCAAAGAACCAUCCUGGUACCAUCCACCACAGUAUGACGGAUUUGGACCGUGUUUUUAUGAGGACCAAUUACCUACUGUGUCUCAGUUUCAUGAUGGUUACAUCAGUUUUGAGAACAAUACAAGUAAUAAUGGUGGCAACUAUAACAGCACACCUGCUUCUUCUGUCCCGUCCUGUUCAAGAACAGGAAACAGUUUUGUGAUGAGGACAAAACACACCGGCAAGCAGCAAUAUAAACCAUACUCUCGACAAAAACACAACCCUCAUUACAGAUACUAAAACAAAUAUGGAAUUAAGGGGUUUGAU